AUGACGGAUACAACCCCAACAACAAGUAUAAUAACCACAAGCCAUUCAACAACUACAACCAUUCCAGAAACAACAACAAGCCAUUCAACCACUGUAACAAUUCCAGACACAGUGACAACCCAUUUGACAACAACAACUCCAACAACAAAAUCCACUUCAGAGACCACAACAAGUAUUACAACUACUGCGUUAACUUCUACCAGCAUCCCCGAUUGUUCUUACUGUAAGUCGACUGAAUGGAUUGAUGUAAGCUCUCCAGAACAUGACAUAACCGGAGAUAUUGAAUCAUUUAAAAUCAUCAGGAACCAUAGUAUUCCAAUCUGCAAGAGUCCAAUGACUAUUAGGACAGUUAAUUGUAGAGCAAAAGAUUCCAGUUCUUCAUCAGAAGAAUCACAACAAAGCAAAAAAUGCAACAUGAAAAAAGUUGGUUUGCUUUGCCUUAACCGGCACAAAUCUCAAAAGUGUAAGAACUAUGAAAUUCAAAUUAAAUGCUGCUACAGUGAUCUUUCCAUUACAACUACAUGUUCAAUGACGGAUACAACCCCAACAACAAGUAUAAUAACCACAAGCCAUUCAGCAACUACAACCAUUCCAGAAACUACAACAAGCCAUUCAACCACUGAAACAAUUCCAGAAACAGUAACAACCCAUUUGACAACAACAACUCCAACAACAAAAUCCACUUCAGAGACCACAAGUAUCACAACUACUGCGUUAACUUCUACCAACAUCCCAGAUUGUUCUUACUGUAAGUCGACUGAAUGGAUUGAUGUACACUCUCCAGAACAUGACAUAACCGGAGAUAUUGAAUCAUUUAAAAUCAUCAGGAACCAUAGUAUUCCAAUCUGUAAGAGUCCAAUGACUAUUAGGACAGUUAAUUGUAGAGCAAAAGAUUCCAGUUCUUCAUCAGAAGAAUCACAACAAAGCCAAAAAUGCAACAUGAAAAAAGUUGGUUUGCUUUGCCUUAACGGGCGCAAAUCUCAAAAGUGUAAGAACUAUGAAAUUCAAAUUAAAUGCUGCUACAGUGAUCUUUCCAUUACAACUACAUGUUCAAUGACGGAUACAACCCCAACAACAAGUAUAAUAACCACAAGCCAUUCAACAACUACAACCAUUCCAGAAACUACAACAAGCCAUUCAACCACUAAAACAAUUCCAGACACAGUAACAACCCAUUUGACAACAACAAUUCCAACAACAAAAUCCACUUCAGAGACCACAACAAGUAUUACAACUACUGCGUUAACGUCUACCAGCAUCCCAGAUUGUUCUUACUGUAAGUCGACUGAAUGGAUUGAUGUAAACUCUCCAGAACAUGACAUUACCGGAGAUAUUGAAUCAUUUGAAAACAUCAGAAACCAUAGUAUUCCAAUCUGUGAGAAUCCAAUGACUAUUAGGACAGUUAAUUGUAGAGCUAAAGAUUCCAGUUCUUCAUCAGAAGAAUCACAACAAAGCAAAAAAUGCAACAUGAAAAAAGUUGGUUUGCUUUGCCUUAACGGGCACAAAUCUCAAAAGUGUAAGAACUAUGAAAUUCAAAUUAAAUGCUGCUACAGUGAUCUUUCCAUUACAACUACAUGUUCAAUGACGGAUACAACCCCAACAACAAGUAUAAUAACCACAAGCCAUUCAUCAACUACAACCAUUCCAGAAACUACAACAAGCCAUUCAACCACUGAAACAAUUCCAGAAACAGUAACAACCCAUUUGACAACAACAACUCCAACAACAAAAUCCACUUCAGAGACCACAAGUAUCACAACUACUGCGUUAACUUCUACCAACAUCCCAGAUUGUUCUUACUGUAAGUCGACUGAAUGGAUUGAUGUACACUCUCCAGAACAUGACAUAACCGGAGAUAUUGAAUCAUUUAAAAUCAUCAGGAACCAUAGUAUUCCAAUCUGUAAGAGUCCAAUGACUAUUAGGACAGUUAAUUGUAGAGCAAAAGAUUCCAGUUCUUCAUCAGAAGAAUCACAACAAAGCCAAAAAUGCAACAUGAAAAAAGUUGGUUUGCUUUGCCUUAACGGGCGCAAAUCUCAAAAGUGUAAGAACUAUGAAAUUCAAAUUAAAUGCUGCUACAGUGAUCUUUCCAUUACAACUACAUGUUCAAUGACGGAUACAACCCCAACAACAAAUAUAAUAACCACAAGCCAUUCAACAACUACAACCAUUCCAGAAACUACAACAAGCCAUUCAACCACUAAAACAAUUCCAGACACAGUAACAACCCAUUUGACAACAACAAUUCCAACAACAAAAUCCACUUCAGAGACCACAACAAGUAUUACAACUACUGCGUUAACUUCUACCAGCAUCCCAGAUUGUUCUUACUGUAAGUCGACUGAAUGGAUUGAUGUAAACUCUCCAGAACAUGACAUUACCGGAGAUAUUGAAUCAUUUGAAAACAUCAGAAACCAUAGUAUUCCAAUCUGUGAGAAUCCAAUGACUAUUAGGACAGUUAAUUGUAGAGCUAAAGAUUCCAGUUCUUCAUCAGAAGAAUCACAACAAAGCAAAAAAUGCAACAUGAAAAAAGUUGGUUUGCUUUGCCUUAACGGGCACAAAUCUCAAAAGUGUAAGAACUAUGAAAUUCAAAUUAAAUGCUGCUACAGUGAUCUUUCCAUUACAACUACAUGUUCAAUGACUGAUACAACCCCAACAACAAGUAUAAUAACCACAAGCCAUUCAACAACUACAACCAUUCCAGAAACUACAAGACAUUCAACCACAACCCAUUCAACAACUACAAUUCCAGAUACUGUUACAACCCAUUCAACAACUACAACAACAACUCCAACAACCACAACAAUUGCAGAUACAGUAACAACCCCUUCAAAAACCACAAGUCAUUCAACAACAGCAACAAUUCCAGACACAGUAACAACCUAUUCAACAACUACAAAAACCACAAGCCAUUCAACAACUAUGACAAUUCCAGACACAUUAACAACCCAUUCAAUAACUACAACCAUUCCAGAAACUACAACAAGCACUUCAACCACAACCCAUUCAAGAACUACAACAAUUCCAGACACAGUAACAACCCACUCAACAACAACAACCAUUCCAGAAACUAUAACAAGCCCUUCAACUACAACCCAUUCAACAACUACAACAAUUCCAGACACAGGAACAACCCAUUCAACAACUACAAGAACUACAACAACCACAAGCCACUCAACAACUACAACCAUUCCAGAAACUACAAUAAGCCAUUCAACCAUAACUCAUUCUACAACUACAACAAUUCCAGACACAGUAACAACCCACUCAACAACUACAACCAUUCCAGAAACUACAACAAGCCCUUCAACUACAACCCAUUCAACAUCUACAACAAUUCCAGACACAGUAACAACCCAUUCAACAACUACAACCAGUCCAGAAACUACAACAGGCCAUUCAACCACAACCCAUUCAACAACUACAACAAUUCCAGACACAGUAACAACCCAUUCAACAACUACAACCAGUCCAGGAACUACAACAAGCCAUUCAACCACAACCCAUUCAACAACUACAACAAUUCCAGACACAGUAACAACCCAUUCAACAACUACAACCAGUCCAGGAACUACAACAAGCCAUUCAACCACAACCCAUUCAACAACUACAACAAUUCCAGACACCGUAACAACCCACUCAACAACUACAACCAUUCCAGAAACUACAACAAGCCCUUCAACCACAACUCAUUCAACAACUACAACAAUUCCAGAUACAGUAACAACUCAUUCAACAACUACAACCAGUCCAAAAACUACAACAAGCCAUUCAACAACUACAACCAGUCCAGAAACUACAACAAGCCAUUCAACAACUGCAAUUCCAGACACAGCAACAACCACCACCCAUUCAACAACUACAACAAUUCCAGACACAGUAACAACCCAUUCAACAACUACAACCAGUCCAGAAACUACAACAAGCCCUUCAACCACCACCCAUUCAACAACUACAACAAUUCCAGACACAGUAAGAACCCCUUCAACAACUACAACCAGUCCAGAAUCUACAACAAGCCAUUCAACCACAACCCAUUCAACAACUACAACAAUUUCAGGAACUACAACAAGCUAUUCAACAACUACAACAAUUCCAGACACAGUAACAACCCAUUCAACAACUACAACCAGUCCAGGAACUACAACAAGCCAUUCAACCACAACCCAUUCAACAACUAAAACAAUUCCAGACACAGUAACAACCCAUUCAACAACUACAACCAGUCCAGAAACUACAACAAGCCAUUCAACCACAACCUAUUCAACAACUACAACAAUUCCAGACACAGUAACAACCCACUUAACAACUAAAACCAUUCCAGAAACUACAAUAAGCCCUUCAACCAUAACUCAUUCAACAACUACAACAAUUCCAGAUACAGUAACAACCCAUUCAACAACUACAACCAGUCCAGAAACUACAACAAGCCAUUCAACAACUACAACAAUUCCUGACACAGUAACAACCCAUUCAACAACUACAAGUCCGGAAACUAAAACAAGCCCUUCAACCACAACUCAUUCUACAACUACAACAAUUCCAGAUACAGUAACAACCCAUUCAACAACUACAACCAGUCCAGAAACUACAACAAGCCAUUCAACACCUACAACUAGUCCAGAAACUACAACAAGCCGUUCAACAACUACAACAAUUCCAGACACAGUAACAACCCAUUCAACAACUACAACAAGUCCAGAAACUACAACAAGCCAUUCAACCACAACCCAUUCAACAACUACAACAAUUCCAGACACAGUAACAACCCAUUCAACAACUACAACCAGUCCAGAAACUACAACAAUCCAUUCAACAACUAUAACCAGUCCAGAAACUACAACAAGCCAUUCAACAACUACAACAAUUCCAGACACAGCAACAACCACAACCCAUUCAACAACUACAACAAUUCCAGACACAGCAACAACCACAACCCAUUCAACAACUACAACAAUUCCAGACACAGUAACAACCCAUUCAACAACUACAACAAUUCCAGAAACUACAACAAGCCAUUCAACCACAACCUAUUCAACCACUACAACAAUUCCAGACACAGUAACAACUCUUUCAACAACUGCAACCAUUCCAGAAACUACAACAAUCCCUUCAACCACAACUCAUUCAACAACUACAACAAUUCCAGAUACAGUAACAACCCAUUCAACAACUACAACCAGUCCAGAAACUACAACAAGCCAUUCCACCACAAGCCAUUCAACAUCUACAACAAUUCCAGAAACUACAACAACUCUUUCAACAACUACAACUAUUCCAGACACAGUAACAACCCACUUAACAACUACAACCAUUCCAGAAACUACAACAAGCCAUUCAACCACAACCCAUUCAACAACUACAACAAGUCCAGACACAGAAACAACCCACUUAACAACUACAACCGGUCCAGAAACUGCAACAAGCCAUUCAACAACUACAACCAGUCCAGAAACUACAACAAGCCAUUCAACAACUACAACAAGUCCAGACACAGUAACAACCCACUUAACAACUACAACCAUUCCAGAAACUACAACAAGCCCUUCAACCACAACUUAUUCUACAACUACAACAAUUCCAGAUACAGUAACAAGCCAUUCAACAACUACAACCAGUCCAGAAACUACAACAAGCCAUUCAACAACUACAACAAUUCCAGACACAGUAACAACCCAUUCAACAACUACAACAAUUCCAGACACAGUAACAACCCACUUAACAACUACAACCAGUCCAGAAACUACAACAAGCCAGUCAACAACUAUAACCAGUCCAGAAACUACAACAAGCCAUUCAACAACUACAACAAUUCCAGACACAGUAACAACCCAUUCAACAACUACAACAAGUCCAGAAACUAUAACAAGCCAUUCAACCACAACCCAUUCAACAACUACAACAAUUCCAGACACAGUAACAACCCAUUCAACAACUACAACCAGUCCAGAAACUACAACAGGCCAUUCAACAACUACAACCAGUCUAGAAACUACAACAAGCCUAUCAACAACUACAACAAUUCCAGACACAGCAAUAACCACAACCCAUUCAACAACUACAACAAUUCCAGACACAGUAACAACCCAUUCAACAACUACAACAAGUCCAGAAACUACAACAAGCCAUUCAACCACAACCCAUGCAACCACUACAACAAUUCCAGACACAGUAACAACCAUUUCAACAACUACAACCAUUCCAGAAACUACAACAAGCCCUUCAACCACAACUCAUUCAACAACUACAACAAUUCCAGAUACAGUAACAACCCAUUCAACAACUACAAUCAGUUCAGAAACUACAACAAUCCAUUCCACCACAACCCAUUCAACAUCUACAACAAUUCCAGACACAGUAACAACCCAUUCAACAACAACAACCAGUCCAGAAACUACAACAAGCCAUUCAACCACAACCCAAUCAACAACUACAACAAUUCCAGACACAGUAACUACCCACUCAACAACUACAACUGGUCCAGAAACUACAACAAGCCAUUCAACUACAUCUCAUUCAACAACUACAACAAUUCCAGACACUGUAACUACCCAUUCAACAACUACAACCAGUCCAGAAACUACAACAAGCUAUUCAACCACAACUCAUUCAACAACUACAACAAUUCCAGAUACAGUAACAACCCAAUCAACAACUACAACCAGUCCAGAAACUACAACAAGCUAUUCAACCACAACUCAUUCAACAACUACAACAAUUCCAGACACAGUAACAACCCUUUCAACAACCAAAACCAUUCCAGAAACUACAACAAUUCCUUCAACCACAACUCAUUCAACAACUACAACAAUUCCAGACACCGUAACAACCCAUUCAACAAGUACUACAACUCCAACAACCACCACAACCCUUUCAACAACUACUACAACGCCAACAAUAAUAAGUCAUUCAACAACUCCAACAACAAGUUCAACAACCACCUCAACUACAUCCACAACAUUUACAACUUCCACCUAUGUCACUAUUACUUCGACAUCUGGAACAACUACUUCCACAGUACCUACUACAUCAUUUGCUACAUCAUCCACGUCAUCUACACCUAGUACAACCACCUUAUCUACAACAAUCUCAACCACAAGCAAAGAAACAACUGCAUCUGAACCCACCACCUCAUCUACUCUAUCAUCAUCACCUCCAACUACUUCAUUUUCAACCAUUACCACAUCAACAAGAUGUUUUUGCCAAGUUGAGACCACCUUAUAUUCUAGUGGUGAGCGUCUUUAUACAAUUAUGGACAAGGCUGGUUGCGAAUAUUACGCAUUAUGUAAUGAUACCUGCAAACCACAAAGAUAUGUUGAUUGCACACCUAGAACCAGCACAACCUCUUCAACUGGAUCAACAACUGCAGGUCCGACACCAACUACAACUUGUUUAAUGUGGAAGCCAACUGAAUCAUACCCUCCAUUUUCAGACUCAAAAUCAUCAACUAUUUCAUCAAAUAAAGAAUCAUCUUCAACUAUAUCACCUUCUCCACAUGAUAGAAUUGCAUCAAGCUACCCCACACCUGAUACAGGUAUUUCAUUUUCAACACCUGGAUCAAGUGACAUACACUCCACAAAAUUAACAAGUUCUCCACCAUUUAAAGUAUCCGCCACUCCUGAUUCAAGAGAAAGUCACACUACCAGGGUGUCAACUCCUCCACCUGAUAGAUUAGUCUCAAUACCAAGCUCUGAAUUAUCUACACCUGGAUCAAGUGACAUACACUCCACAAAAGUGACAACUUUUGAACCAUCUGAAGUAUCUGCCACUCCUGAUUCAAUAGAAAUUCAUUCUACCAGGGUGUCAACUCCUCCACCUGAUAGAUUAGUCUCAAUAUCAAGCUCUGAAUCAUCUACACCUGGAUCAAGUGACAUACACUCUACAAAAGUGACAACUUCCCCACCAUCUGAAGUAUCCGCCACUCCUGAUUCAAGAGAAAGUCACACUUCCAGGGUGUCAACUCCUCCACCUGAUAGAUCAGUCUCAAUACCAAGCUCUGAAUCAUCUACACCUGGAUCAAGUGACAUACACUCUACAAAAGUGACAACUUCCCCACCAUCUGAAGUAUCCGCCACUCCUGAUUCAAGAGAAAGUCACACUACCAGGGUGUCAACUCCUCCACCUGAUAGAUUAGUCUCAAUACCAAGCUCUGAAUCAUCUACACCUGGAUCAAGUGAUAUACACUCUACAAAAGUGACAACUUCCCCACCAUCUGAAGUAUCCGCCACUCCUGAUUCAAGAGAAAGUCACACUACCAGGGUGUCAACUCCUCCACCUGAUAGAUCAGUCUCAAUUCCAAGCUCUGAAUCAUCUACACCUGGAUCAAGUGACAUACACUCUACAAAAGUGAUAACUUCCCCACCAUCUGAAGUAUCUGCCACUCCUGAUUCAAGAGAAAGUCACACUACCAGGGUGUCAACUCCUCCACCUGAUAUAUUAGUCUCAAUACCAAGCUCUGAAUCAUCUACACCUGGAUCAAGUGACAUACACUCCACAAAAGUGACAACUUCCCCACCAUCUGAAGUAUCCGCCACUCCUGAUUCAAGAGAAAGUCACACUACCAGGGUGUCAACUCCUCCACCUGAUAGAUCAGUCUCAAUUCCAAGCUCUGAAUCAUCUACACCUGGAUCAAGUGACAUACACUCUACAAAAGUGAUAAGUUCCCCACCAUCUGAAGUAUCUGCCACUCCUGAUUCAAGAGAAAGUCACACUACCAGGGUGUCAACUCCUCCACCUGAUAGAUUAGUCUCAAUACCAAGCUCUGAAUCAUCUACACCUGGAUCAAGUGACAUACACUCCACAAAAGUGUCAACUUCCCCACCAUCUGAAGUAUCCGCCACUCCUGAUUCAAGAGAAAGUCACACUACCAGGGUGUCAACUCCUCCACCUGAUAGAUUAGUCUCAAUACCAAGCUCUGAAUCAUCUACACCUGGAUCAAGUGACAUACACUCUACAAAAGUGACAACUUCCCCACCAUCUGAAGUAUCCGCCACUCCUGAUUCAAGAGAAAGUCACACUACCAGGGUGUCAACUCCUCCACCUGAUAGAUUAGUCUCAAUACCAAGCUCUGAAUCAUCUACCCCUGGAUCAAGUGGCAUACACUCUACAAAAGUGACAACUUCCCCACCAUCUGAAGUAUCCGCCACUCCUGAUUCAAAAGAAAGUCACACUACCAGGGUGUCAACUCCUCCACCUGAUAGAUCAGUCUCAAUACCAAGCUCUGAAUCAUCUACACCUGGAUCAAGUGACAUACACUCCACAAAAGUGACAACUUCCCCACCAUCUGAAAUAUCUGCCACUCCUGAUUCAAGAGAAAUUCACUCCACCAGGAUGUCAACUCCUCCACCUGAUAGAUUAGUCUCAAUACCAAGCUCUGAAUCAUCAACACCUGGAUCAAGUGACAUACACUCCACAAAAGUGACAACUUCCCCACCAUCUGAAGUAUCCGCCACUCCUGAUUCAAGAGAAAGUCACACUUCCAGGGUGUCAACUCCUCCACCUGAUAGAUCAGUCUCAAUCCCAAACUCUGAAUCAUCUACACCUGGAUCAAGUGACAUACACUCCACAAAAGUGACAACUUCCCCACCAUCUGAAAUAUCUGCCACUCCUGAUUCAAGAGAAAUUCACUCCACCAGGGUGUCAACUCCUCCACCUGAUAGAUUAGUCUCAAUACCAAGCUCUGAAUCAUCUACACCUGGAUCAAGUGACAUACACUCCACAAAAGUGAUAACUUCUCCACCAUCUGAAGUAUCCACCACUCCUGGUUCAAGUGAAAUACAUUCAACCAAAUUAGCAACUUUUACACCUAUUCCAGUUCCCAGGAGUACACCAAACGAAUGUCAGUGUUUUAUGCCGGACUGCUCAACUGGCUUCCGCGUGGCUGCUGUGAAAUCAAGAAUGAACUCUUGUCCUAAUGUUACAUGCGUACCUGAUGCUGUCUGUGUUCAUGGAACUGAAGUAUAUCAGGUUGGAUCAAAUAUCCCACAAUCUGCAGAUUCUUGUCAGACAUGUGAAUGCUCUCAUGAAAUGGACACAAGAUCUCAAUUCUAUAUAGUAAAGUGCCAGCCAGUUGUAUGUGACAAGACCUGUAAACAAGGUUACGAAUACAAAAUGAAAGCAGGACAGUGCUGUGGAGAGUGUGUGCCUAUCCAGUUAAAAUGUACCAUGAUGGUAAAUUUUGAUGCAAAUAUAAACACCGGAGAAACAGGAACUAAUGGAAACCCAGGAGAUGCAGGAGCCACAGGAAACAAUGGAGAUUCAGGAGUCACAGGAAACAAUGGAGGUUCAGGAGUCACAGGAAACAAUGGAGGUUCAGGAGUCACAGGAAACAAUGAAGGUUCAGGAGUCACAGGAAACAAUGGAGGUUCAGGAGUCACAGGAAACAAUGGAGGUUCAGGAGUUACAGGAAACAAUGGAGGUUCGGGAGUCACAGGAAACAAUGGAGGUUCAGGAGACACAGGAAACAAUGGAGGUUUUGGAGUCACAGGAAACAAUGGAGGUUCAGGAGUUACAGGAAACAAUGGAGGUUCGGGAGUCACAGGAAACAAUGGAGGUUCAGGAGUCACAGGAAACAAUGGAGGUUCAGGAGACACAGGAAGCAAUGGAGGUUCAGGAGGAAUAGGAGUCUCAGGAGACACAGGAAGCUCAGGGAGUACAGACAACACUGGAAAUUCAAGAGGGACAGGAAACACAGAAAAUAAUGGAAGCACAGGAGGCAAAGAUACAAGAAAUGCAAUAAUAGACUUACAGAUUGGUGAAAAAUACCAUGUACCUAAUAACACUUGUGCUUAUUAUGAGUGCAGAGAAGUAAAUGGUGUUGCCAUUCUCACAAAGGUGGAGAAAGUUUGCCAGCCACUGGAUAUCUCCAUAUGUGACAUGAGUACUCUCACAUAUGAUGCAGACAAUUGCUGUAGGACAUGCACGCCUAAAACACAGCUCAUAGUAACACCACCUCCAGAGAUCAUAGAAGACUGCAGUGUACGUAAGAAUGUCACAGUCCUGGAACAAGAUGACUGCAUACUGGAGGUAGAACUGUCUUACUGUGGAGGACCCUGCAUGGGAUCUUCAAUGUAUUCAAUGGCAUCCAAUAGUUUGGAUCAGAAAUGCUCCUGCUGCAAAGAGAUGGAGUUUGUAACAAAGAAUGUGCAACUGCUAUGUGCUAAAGGAAGACGCCAGAACUACAGCUACGUUGAUGUGUUGAGUUGUGGCUGUGCUGGAGCAGUUUGCGUUCCUCAGAAUUAAGCCAACAAUCCAUAGAAAAGUCAGCAGACACAAAUUAAAUACUCUGCAGGUUAAGAUGUUCUUCAAAGCAGAGAAAGCAGGGACUGAAACAUAGAAACAUUUUGUAAAGCCCACAUAAUCUAUACCUCUCUAUUCUUUGUGAUUUUAGAACAUUAGCAAGUUUCAAUUGUUCUGGGGAUUUGUAAUGAAGUACACGCUCAUAAAUAAACUUUCAAUGCAAA